AGCUUUCUAAAGGGUUUCUAAUGGGGGAAAUAACCGGGCUCAGAGAUCUCAGGGAAAACUGACGAUGGUGGAUGGAAUCGAUGAUCGAUGUCGAUUUGGGAGUCUUGAAGUGUGCUGAUUGGGGAAGGUGAUAUAUUUUGGAGGGAUUGCUCUCUUAUCUAUUUGACUGGGCGUUUCUUUAACGCGGAGGAAGGGGGUAUGGUCUAUGCAUGUAGACUGUUUAUUAUUUAUAUGACCUGCUAUUCUACUGCAGUACUUCUAACUGCUACCUGGAAGUAUGUCGUACAGACCGCGUUUUCGCUUUGCGUCCUAAAUAUAUAUAUUUUAGAUAGUGGUUUAAGGGCUGCUUAUGGAUUAGUGUAACUCGGGAACUGAUUUAGCAGCUUUGCCACUAGCAGGCAACAACCUGACACCAUAGAGAGAAAGAGAGAGAGAAAAUGCCGUCUUCGGAGGAAGGUUUAUCCGGAGGUGACGUGGUUACAGUAAAACACGAGCUUAAGAGCGCAAACUUGACAGGUCAUGUGGAACGUGUAGGCAUUGAGAAUUUUGAGCUACUGAAGGUUCUAGGUACAGGAGCAUAUGGAAAAGUGUUCUUGGUACGCAAAGUGAGUGGACACGACUCGAACAAACUGUAUGCCAUGAAGGUGCUGAAAAAAGCCACCAUAGUGCAGAAGGCGAAGACGGCCGAGCACACGCGCACCGAGAGGCAGGUGCUAGAGCAUAUCCGACAAUCUCCAUUCCUUGUUACACUGCACUAUGCCUUCCAGACAGACACCAAGCUUCACCUCAUUUUAGACUAUGUGAAUGGAGGGGAGCUCUUUACACACUUGGUGCAAAGGGUCCAUUUUAAAGAGCAAGAGGUCGCUUUGUACAGCGGAGAAAUCGUAUUGGCACUGGAACACUUGCAUAAGCUAGGAAUUGUCUACAGAGAUCUAAAACUGGAGAACAUUCUUCUGGACUCGAAUGGUCACAUUGUCUUGACCGACUUUGGACUUAGCAAAGAAUUUGAUGAGGCAGAGAGGGCUUACUCUGUGUGUGGCACAAUUGAAUACAUGGCCCCUGAGAUUGUAGAAGGUGGUGCAUCAGGACAUGAUAAGGCAGUGGACUGGUGGAGUUUGGGGGUGUUGAUGUAUGAGCUCAUGACCGGUGGCUCUCCUUUCACUGUGGAUGGGGAUGAGAACUCUCACUCUGAUAUAGCAAAGAGAAUUCUGAAGAAGGAUCCUCCAUACCCCAAGGACAUGGAGCCCCUGGCCAUAGACAUCAUUCAACGACUCCUAAUUAAGGACCCAAAUAAAAGGCUGGGCUCUGGGCCCUUAGGAGCUCAGAAUGUCAAGAGUCACCCAUUUUACCAGAAAUUGAACUGGGAGGACCUGGCUGCCAAGAAGGUCCCAGCUCCCUUUAAGCCAGUCAUUCGGGAUGAACUAGACGUGCGCAACUUUGCGGAAGAGUUCACAGAGAUGGAUCCUACUUACUCCCCUGCUGCACUGCCUCAGAACUGUGACCGCAUUUUCCAGGGAUAUUCCUUUAUAGCACCCUCUAUACUGUUCAAGAGGAAUGUGGUGAUGGAUGACCCAGUUCAGCUGUGCGGUGAUGUGGAAAGGCCUGGACCUGCUGCAGUCGCACGGAGUGUCAUGAUGAAGGACUCCCUUUUCUAUAUGAAUUAUGAGAUGGACCUGAAGGAGACAGCAUUAGGGGAGGGAAGCUUCUCUAUUUGCAGGAAGUGCACACACAAGAAGAGUGGGCAGAAAUAUGCAGUAAAGAUUGUCAGUAAAAGAAUGGAGGCACAGACGCAGAAAGAGAUAGCUGCUCUCAAACUAUGUGAUGGACACCCCAAUAUAGUCAAGCUCCAUGAGAUUUACCAUGAUCAGCUGCAUGCGUAUCUGGUACUAGAGCUGCUGCGUGGUGGAGAGCUCCUGGAGCGGAUCCGGAGGAAGCAACACUUCAGUGAGACUGAAGCGAGCCGCAUCAUGCGGAGGCUGGUGUCCGCUGUGAGCCACAUGCACGAUGUAGGUGUGGUGCAUCGAGACCUUAAACCAGAGAACCUGCUAUUCACUGAUGAAAGCGAGAACUCAGAAAUAAAAAUAAUCGACUUUGGAUUUGCUCGGCUCAAGCCUCCUGACAACCAGCUUCUGAAGACGCCCUGUUUCACCCUACAGUACGCCGCCCCUGAGAUCCUCAAAUAUGGCGGUUAUGAUGAGUCUUGUGACCUCUGGAGUCUGGGGGUCAUACUGUACACAAUGCUAUCUGGACAGGUGCCCUUUCAGUGUCAGGGAAAAAGCCUAACGCACACAAGCGCAGAGGAAAUCAUGAAGAAGAUCAAACAAGGAGACUUUUCUUUCCAGGGCGAGGCUUGGAGGAACGUGUCCCAGCCGGCCAAGGAACUCAUUCAGGAGCUCCUGACUGUAGACCCUAACAAGAGGAUAAAGAUGUGCGAGUUACGCUAUAACACUUGGCUGCAGGAUGACAGCCAGCUCUCGUCCAACCCCCUCAUGACUCCUGACAUUCUGGGCCUGUCUACCGCCUCCGUAAACACCUGUGUUAAAGCCACCUUCAAUGCCUUCAACAAGUGUAAGCGGGAGGGUUUCCGACUGCAGACGGUCGAUAAGGCUCCGCUAGCAAAACGCAGGAAGAUGAAAAAGACCAGCACAAGCACAGAGACACGCAGCAGUUCCAGCGAGAGCACACACUCGUCCUCGUCUUCCUCCCAGUCUCAGGAGAAAACUCCUCUUCAGCUGUCUAUCAGCACGCCUCUCACACUGGGCCCUGAUGACGAUGAGCCUUUACAGAACGAACCACAGUCUGCUUUUAGCUUCUCCGAGUGAGCUGUGUCAUCCUCUCUCUCUCUCCGUGUUCCUCUACAUUAGCUGGGUCUCCCUUUAUCACAGAUGCAGAGCAUGCAAGCAGGAGCGCCAGAGUCAAACUCACCCGAGCCCUUCACCAGCAAUAGAUGUGUGGAGCAGGGUAGAACAGUGUGGUGGUGUUUGAGGAAUAAAAUCCUAACUGCUUUAUCAUCCACUGAUUUCUGGACUGGACAAGACAUAAUUCAAAUUGUCAGGCAUGCGCAUCUAUAGUACACACUAAAGCUGUGUGUCAUGCAGUACACAGUACAGCAGUAACCGUGCUGUCUCACCGCUUUAGGCCAAAAAAAAAAAGAAUGGAAGAAAGGGGUAUUUUCUUUAUUUAAAUAGGAGAUAAGGUUUAAAAAAUGUAAGCUUUAUUGUUCAUAUGUUAAAUUAUUCUUCUGUCCCUGUGGUCAGGUUUGUUAUUUUUAGUGGAUCACCUUGUAAAUUAAUUUGUGAAGUAUGUUGUUACUGACUACAUGGUCAGAAGUAUGACGACAACGGACUUUUGUUUGAUUUUGCGUCGACUUCUUCCAAACCGAGUUUCAUGGCGAAGUAGCAGAGAUUUGUUUGCAUGUGUUCAGACAAAUCUUUUUUAAAUUUAUUUAUAAAGUUGCCUAGAAUGGUUAUAUAAGAGUAUUCCAGAUGUAUUAUUUAUGCAGUAAAUAGGUUAUUUUGGGAGUAAAAUGGAUUAUUUGAUAUAUAUAUAUAUAUAUAUAUAUAUAUAUAUAUAUAUAUAUAUAUAUAUAUAAA